CAUCUCGGGUGGAAAUGGACGGAAACGCUCGUGACGUUGACGUCCUGCUGUUUCCGGCGACAGCAAACGGUCCUGGCUCCAAUGAGAAACAAACAGAUCUUUAAUUUUUAUGGAGGAUGAUGGAUGCCCCCGCCCCUGAUCAGAGUCAGCCCUCCUGUCGGCUGUGGGCGAUCCAGAAUGGCUGGUCUACAGCUGAACCUCCAGGACCUGUCAACAAUCCUCUGCCCAGUUUUCAUCAACUCAAUCUGGAAUCUCUCCCCCACCACCAGACCCCCAGCUUCAACCGUCUGCAGUCACCUAGAAAUGACUCCAAGAGUGACUCUGCAGCCUUUUCAGCAACAAACCGCAGCGAUUACAGCAUGCAGGACGUUAACAGUGCUGAUCAGAGUGUGCAGCAAAGCUUUACUGAUCCUCUCGUCUCAUCCACAUUUCCAGCAACAAGCCAAGGAAGGAAUCUGCCUCCGUGCUCUCUUCCACUUCUGAAUGAAGGGCCGCAGCAUUUCAGCCCCCAACAAAUGCCAUUCAAGUCCCCUCACAGCCCUUACCAGUCAUCAUCUCCCCAGUUCCAGCCUCUGCACACACAUCAGGGCGUCCUGCAUGCACCUCAAUCACCAAAUGAAAAUCAUCUUCAUGUUAGUCCUCCAGUAGUUGGACAAUAUUUAAACCAGAGGCUUAGCCCUCAGCCUGCAUCUGACUGGGUUAAUGUGGCCUCUUCAUCUGGAUCUGAUCAUCACAAACUUGUCUCACCAGCGUCUCCCAUCCAGCACCAACCUCAGUGGAUGCUUCCAGCUCACCCUGGAGGAACCAACUUUGAUCCGAACGCAGCUCCACAGGAUGGAAAUCUGACUCCACAGUCUCCUAACUCUGAGUCCCGUUACGGCCUUGACCCUAAGCUGUUACCCAGCGCUGUGAAGGUGAUGGAAGAGGACAAGGCGGAGUGGGAGGGCAAGGUCUUCGUCUCGGAGCAUUUUUCACAACUUCCUCCUCUGCCAACUACUCCGUGCGUCAUCGAGGACAAAGGUAAUGCUAGUCCGUUAGCAAUCCGCUCCACUACGUACUGCGUGCCCUGUGAUGGGCAGACGGUGCUGCUCAGCCGUCUGCCUCUGGGAGCACUGGUUACCCCUCUUGUGAAACAAAAAGCACCCGUGCCUUUGUGCGACGACACAGACUGUGUUGCUGGUUGCUGUUGGUGCGGUGCGUCGAUGUGUCCCGUGAUGAGCUGGCAGGACUGUGGGCAAAGGUUUUACUGCCCCUUCUGUGGGAAACUCAGCGAAGUGUCGUGGAAACACUACCAGCCUACCAAAGGGGCAGCGGGGGUCCGGGUCGAUAAAGACAAAAGACCUGAGCUCAGUUUGGGGUCGUACGAAACACUUCACUCUGAAAGGGGGGAACCUGCUGCGCUGCUUUUAGCAAUAGACGUGUCUGCCUCAGCACUGAGAGGCGGACAUUUAGAGUUUGUAACACAACAAAUACACACUUUGCUGGCCUCUUUACAAAAGGAGGAGGGUCAUCCUUUGUCAGACGUCCAUGUUGGUUUGAUAACGUACGACAGCAGGGUCCACCUGUACGACCUGAGUCCAGACCUGUCCCGCCCUCACAUGCUGGUGGUCACAGAGACUGAAGACCUGCAGCUUCCUGUGAGGGCGGGGCUUCUGGUGUCCCUCAAAGACUGCUCAGAAAGUCUCAGCAGCGUUUUGCAGCUCAUUCCUCAGUUCAGUGCAGAGAGUGACGAGUCCAGUGGAGUUUCCAUCCAGCUUCCUGUUAGAGCCGGGCUAGCUGUACUGCAGGGUCUGAAGUGUACCGGGAAGCUGUUGAUCUUUCAUUCUGCUGCUCUGAUGGAGACAGGAAACACAAACUCUGCCUCAGGGUUCUUUGGCACCAACAAACCAAAGACAAUCUUUCAGCCAUCUGAACAAGCCGUCUCAUUGGCUAAGGAGUGCGUCGACCAGGGAUGCGGCGUUCACAUGUUUGUCCUCUCACAGCAAGAUGUGGGCGGGGCUUGGCCGGGACACGUUCCUUACCUUACAGGUGGAGCCUUGCACACCUACAGCUACCUCCAGGGUGAACUGGACAGAGAGCGUUUCGGCGCUGAUCUGAAGACGCUUGUGGAGAAGGACACCGGCUACAAGGCUGAGCUCAGGAUAUUUGUCAGCAAAGAUUUACGUGUCUCCAGUUGUUAUGGGUUGUUUGUGCCCGGUCCUAGUCCUGGACAUAUCACCAUGGCAACAGUGGAUGAGAAGACAACGCUGGCGGUAAACCUCACACACACCCGAGCUUUGGAUGAGGCGAGAGGAGCGGCCGUACAGGUGGUCUUGUCCUACAGUUCCCUGACAGGCGAGAGGAGAACCAGAGUCCACACCCUGACCUUAAGAUGCUCCCCCCACCUGCAGGACACGUUCAGGAACUACCAGGCCCAGACACUGCUCACCUUUUACUGCAAGAAGAUGUACUGUGCCGUGCUGGAGCGUCCUCUGCAGGAGCUGAGGGAGGAGCUGCAGACGGAUGUAACCGAAGCGUUGGCCUCUUACCGCAAACACUGCUGCUCCUCUUCAGCAUCAGCUGGACAGCUGGUUCUUCCUCGGUUCCUGCGAGCUCUUCCUGUUUACAUCAACAGCCUGAGGAAGAGCGAGGUGCUGCUGCCAGGCCUGAGGAGCUCCGUCCACCAGAGGCUGCAGCAGCGCUGCCAGGUCCUCGGCCUCGACACCUGCAGCACCGUCAGACACUUCUACCCCCAGCUGCUGCCCGCGCCACGUUCAGCAGACGUGUCCAAGCCUCCGACUCCAGAGGAGGCGCUGCGCUGCACCGCUGCGAGCCUGGAGCCCGGCGGUCUCUACCUGCUUCACGCUCCCCUCACUCUGCUGCUCUGGGUGGGCAGCCAAGUCCCAGCAUGCACUCUGGGUGAGCUCUUCAACACCAGCUGCUUUUCCUCUCUGCCGUCUGGAGAGACCAAGCUGCCAGCUCUGGAAACUCCUCUCUCCAUCAGCGUUCGAUCUCUCAUCAGUUCACUGAACUCCGAGGCGUCCUGCGCUCGCAAGCUGUUGGUGGUGAAGCAGGGCGACACCUGUGAGGAGGUGCUGCAGCGCGUCCUGGUGGAGGACAAGAGUCCCAACGGAGGCGCGAGCUACGCCGACUUCCUGUAUCAUCUCCACGUCAACUCGGUCCGACUCCUGCAGUGACGCGCGUCCGUUUUGGUUCUUAGAACAAAUCAUCAGUUUAUUCACCUCAAACUGAAACAUCCGAGACAAUAAAGAACAUAAAACUCAAAGAAUAAACGAUUUGCUAUCGUUAAAAAAGAACAAAUUUUAAAAACAUUUAAAGCCUGUUGACUG